AAUGGCGUCGACAGUCAGCGAUAAAGAUUUGCGGCGCGAGCUGAAGGCCCUGGGCUACACGGCCGGGCCCAUCACCGACAGCACCAGGUCCCUGUACUUAAAAAAAUUAGACCAGCUGCAGUACGAAAAGAGUCAGAAAGAACAGAGCAGCCGGGCGCCGCGGAGUCGCCAGAGCCUCUGGCAGCGGGAGAAGGACAGCCCGCCCCCGGAGCCGGAGCCGGAGCCGGAGCAGGAGCAGGAGCCGGAGCAGGCCAGGAGGAGGAGGCCCGGCUUCGUCAACAGCACCAGGGCCGAAUUAAACCGCGAGCAGGCCGACCCUGAGCCUCCUAUCACACAUUCUACAGGUUACUUUACAGAUCGACCUCAUCCUGUGGCUGACGGACACGAGGGGACAUCUGACUGCCUGAGUUCGCCUCGAUACACGGGGAUUUCUGGCAGCUUUUAUUCAGACCCCUAUGGCAGGAAAUCCGACAGCUCAUAUUCAAAUCGAUAUACAGGGGCAUCUGGCAGCCUGAGUUCAGAUCCAUUUACCAGGAAAGCUGACAGCUCCUAUUCAGAUCGAUUCACGGCAAAAUAUCAGAGUCUGGAUUCAAAUCAAUAUUCAAAAGAUAAAAAUAGCUGGAAAAACUCAGCAGGUCUGACAGCAUCUGCGGAGAGUGAUACAGUUAACGUUUCGAGUCCGUGUGACUCUUCAUAUUCAAAAGAAUCUGACAUCUUUUAUUCAGGCCCAUCUACAAAGAAAUAUAACAGUUUAUAUUCAGAUCCAUAUACAAGGAAAUCUGACAAUUUAUAUUCAGAUCCAUAUACAAGGAAAUCUGACAGCUCAUAUUUAGAUAAAUAUACAAGGAAAUCUGACAGCUCAUAUUCUGCUCCAUAUACAAAGACAUCUGACAGCUCAUAUUCAGAUCCAUAUAGAGGGAAAUCUGACAUCCUGAGUUCAGAUCGAUAUACAAGGAAAUAUCAGAGCCCGAGUUUGGAUCCAUACACAAGGAAAUCUGACAGCUCAUACUCAGAUCGAUAUGCAGGGAAAUCUGACAGCCUGAGUUCAGAUGUAUAUACAAGAAGAUUGAGCAGCUUGUAUUCAGAUCGAUAUAUGAGGAAUUCAGGCAGCCUCUAUUCUGACAGUCAUUACAAAGGAAAGUCUGAUAGUUUGUCUGAAACUAAACGCUACACAAGACAAACUGCUGCUGGGAUUUCCAAACAGGGAGAGCAGAAACCUAAGAAUCAUCUAGAUAAAUUCGAGUUUUACCUGUCACGAUUUCUCCAGGUGGCCACUAUUGUCCUUUGUCUUGUUCUAGCGGGGUUAAUCUGUGUCAAAACCUUAGGGUUGCUUGAAGGAUCUGAAGAAGACAUAGGUGAAAAUAUUAAGAUGUUGCCAAUGGAUUGCAGCGGUAAAACAGAUGCAUUUUGCCAAGCUGAAGAACACAAAAUCAUGAUGCUCAUAUUGUCUGAAAUUUAUGAGUAUUUGGCAGAAAUGGCAGGUGAAUUUGAAUGUGGAUCUGAAUAUCCACUGAAGAGCAAAUGUAUACCAGUCAUUGAUGUAAAGCAUCACUUAGCAAUUUCUGAUGUUUCGAAUUUAGAAAAAUUUGAUGAGGCACUAGUGUGGAUCAUUCAGAGUACCCGGGACCUAGGGAUUAGGCUAGUUGGUAAAGAUUCUGAAGCAGAGGUGACUUCAGUGGAUCAAGUGACUUGUCUUGAAUCUACGCGCCCACAAAUGAAUUUGUAUUGUCGCCUCCGUAAUGCAGUUUUUAAUAUUCUUCACAGAACAUUAAUCUUUAUCUUGGUUUUAAGCCUUUUGUGGAUUAUGUUGAUACUUCUGAAGUACCAAUUGAAGAAAAUGAAAGAACAACAACAAGCUGUGUACGAAAUGGUGAACAAAAUCAUAGGUGUUGUUCGUGCUCACAAUCAAGACUGGGAAAAUGAUUUAGAGCUCAUUCCUUAUGUACCUGUUCCCCAUGUCCGUGACACACUGAUUCAACCUGAGGACAGGAAAAAGCUGAAGAAGACCUGGCAGAGGGCCGUUCAGUUUCUUGAAGCAAAUGAGUCCCGGAUUCGUACAGAGACUCAGAGAAUAAAUGGGGAGGAUUUCUUGGUUUGGAGGUGGACACAGCCUUCAUCCUUCUGUGACUCCUUCUGUGACUAAAUGUGAUAUGUAACUCGAUAUAAGAUGCAGAGAGAAAUAAGAGCCAACCUACUGUUGCAGUUGGUUGGCAUACCAGCACGCUUUACCAUGCAGUGAACAAAUAUGUGUUUGUGUGUCUGAAGUUCUCCACGCAGCAGUUGAUCUUGACUGGUUCAUUUGAGGGAAAGUGGUAAGCACUACCCCAUGAGAAGGGAGAGGAAAUCAGUGGAUACCCUGGGAUAUCUUGCAAUGCCUGUUGACAGAUUUAAAAUUAUUAUUCAUUGUUGGGUUGGGGGAAUCACUAACAAGGCCAGUAUUUAUUGCUCAUCUCUAGUACAACUGAGUGGCUUACUAGGCCACAGCAGAGAGCAGUUAAGAGUCAACCAUGCGUUGAGGAACUGGAGUUGCAUAUAGUCCAAAUGGGACAGACAGCAGAUUUUGUUCUGAUAGGAAUAACAAUUCAAUAGUUGUCAAUUUCCAAUUUAAGAUAAAAUCAAUUCUCAUGUUGAGAUUUGAACUCCUAGUCUCCUGAAUUAUUAGCUCAGGCCUUUGGAUUACGAAUUUAGUAACUACACCAUAGCUGUAUUUAUUAAAAUUGGUAGAGAUAUAGAAGCAGAUCACUUGCCUCUUCUAACAGCCAGAGGAUGUGCAUAGUAAAUGGAUAUCCAAAAAGGCCAGGGAAAGAGAUUUUCAAUCUGACAGCAUUAAAAUGAUGCAUAGCUUCUAUUUAAGAGGUCUUUAAUUAUGGUUGCCCUAGUUUUUAAACACUUGUUCAGAUUCUGAUUCUUUGUUGUAUUAUCUUUCAUUUUGCUCUACCAACGAACUUUGUGUCAGUUUUGUCAGAGAUUCUGUCACUUGUAUAUAAGAUACUACACGUACUUAAGCUAUUUUACACAUCUUUGGUAGAUUUCCUUUCGUACUGUAUAUAACAAAUAUAUUCUUUAUAAACAGAUUUAAAACUUAAGUACACAUCACAGCUGUGUAUAAAUUUUAUUUAAAUUGCAAUAUUGCUAACUCUUCUGAACAUACCCAGACAUGUUGAAAUAUAUUAAUUGUGCUAAACUGACCUACUCUUCUUUACCCACAUUUGCUUUAUUUCUGUUGCAUAUCUCCAGAGUAGCUCAGACUAUUUGUAAAUGUGUUUUCUUCCAAAAGUUAAGUUUUGUUGACCUUUGUUUCUUAAAAUGCAAAUUCAUCCUUUCUUAUUCUAAAGCUUCAUGUAUAGCAUAAUUCAUGCUUCAUGUAUAAGAUAGUUAUCUAAUACCUGAUCUAAACUGACGGCUGAGCUGCAGCUCUAUGACUUAAUAAAUGCCUAUUAAUGUAUUUUAUAUGGGCAACUUAAUUGUUUAGCAUAUUAGAGGAAGACUAUUUGGCAACGUUUAAUGGGAAAACUAUUUGGUAAUGAAAAAUGGAACAGGCAAUGAGUUUGAGUUUUAUAAUGCUUAAAAAUUAGAGGUUUAUUUAUUUAUUCAUUCAAGGGAUGUGGAUAGGCCAACAUUUAUUGCGAAUCCCUGAUUCUUAGUUCAUAAUACUUCUUCUUUUGCAUGAAAAAAAUAAAUGGUUAAAUUGCAAUAUGCAUAUCUUAAAACAUAAUAGUGCAUGAACUAAAGAAUGAUAACACAUUAGGUAAAAUAUUUCUUAUUACACAGUGUCUCGUUGAAUCUUAUAUAAAUGAACCUUUUCACGGUUUAUAUUUUGUGUAUAUUUUAGAGGGUUAUGCACACCAUGUGCCAAACUGCUCCCAGUAAGGAAGUUAAACUUCUUAGAAUUGGAAACAGUAAUUGGUCUGUUAAUUAUUGCAUGCUUUUAGUGAUUUCAAAGGCCAAUUUAGCUCCGUGUCUCUGCACAUAUUAGGAUGGAGGCUUUGGUUGGAUAAGAGAAAACUGGCUCAUUGUAUUGUUUUCAAAUGUUAAAACUUAAUGGUCAAUUUCUAUUAAGCAUUCAGUAGAGUUUUUAUGUGGGCAUGGGUUUUUAAUCUUUUUGUAUUGAAUUUCACAUUUUUUCAGAACCAAAAAAUCUCUGAAGAGUUUAAUAAAAUAUUAAAACAA